AUGACGGAGCACCAGGCGCUGCCGGCACGGCCGCCAGCUUGCGGGGCACCCCAGGCCCUGGCCAAUCCCCCUCCUCUGUCCCCAGUGGCGCAGACCCGGUUCGUGGAGGAGCCGGAGGACCAGACGGUGGUGGCCGGCCAGAGGAUUGUCCUCUCCUGCGUGGUGCUCAAUUACUCUGGGAUCGUGCAAUGGACCAAAGACGGCCUCGCCCUGGGGAUGGGGCAGGGGCUCAAAGUCCCCCCCGAGGACCCCACCAUCGACGGAGCCCCCGAGAUCCUGCUGCGCGCUGGGACGCCGUACAACCUGACCUGCCGGGCACGCAGCGCCAAGCCGGCAGCCACCAUCGUCUGGUACCGGGACGGGCUCCAGCAGGACGGAGCCAUCACCAGCACGGAGGUGUUGGCCGACGGCAAGCGGGAGACAACCACCAGCCAGCUCGCCAUCAACCCAACCGACCUCGACAUCGGGCGGGUGUUCUCCUGCCGCAGCACCAACGAUGCCAUCCCGGCGGGCAAGGAGACCUUUGUCAAGCUCAACGUUCACCAUCCCCCGACUGUCACCCUGUCCAUCCAGCCCCAGACGGUGCAGGAGGGCGAGAGGGUCGUGUUCACCUGCAUGGCGACCGCCAACCCCGAGAUCAAAGGCUACAGGUGGGCCAAGGGGGGGGUGAUCAUCGAAGACGCCAAGGAGAACAAGUACGACACGCAGGUGGAUUACCCCUUCUUCACGGAGCCCGUCUCCUGCGAGGUGCACAAUGACAUCGGCAGCACCAACGUCAGCACGCUGGUGGACGUGCACUCCCCCUCUCCCCUCCCCCUGCGGGGCCAGGCGUGGGCCUGGAAGGAGAACAUUUUGGAGGCAGGGACGCUGGAGCGGUACACGGUGGAGCGGACUAACACGGGCAGCGGCGUCCUCUCCACCCUCACCAUCAACAACGUCAUGGACGCCGACUUCCAGACCCGCUACAACUGCACGGCCUGGAACAGCUUCGGGCCGGGGACUGCCAUCAUCCAACUGGAGGAGAAAGAGGGCUUGCCCGUGGGCAUCAUCGCCGGUGCCACCAUCGGGGCCAGCAUCCUCGUCAUCGGCUUCCUCGUUGUGCUCGCCUGCUUCCUCUACCGGCGCCGGAAAGGAAGCCGCAAGGACGUCACCCUGCGUAAGCUGGACAUCAAGGUGGAGACGGUGAACAGGGAGCCCCUGACGCUGCACGCGGACCGCGAGGAGGACACAGCCAGCGUCUCCACGGCCACCCGCGUCAUGAAGGCCAUCUACUCGUCGUUCAAGGACGACGUGGACUUGAAGCAGGACCUUCGCUGUGACACCAUCGACACCCGCGAGGAGUACGAGCUCAAGGUCCGGUGA